GGUGAAUCUCUGCAAUAUGAAUAUCUUGUUUUUCCAAGAACUUCCACCCCAUGAUUUUAGCAUUCAUUGAUGAUUCUUGUGUGAACGUUUAAUACAUUUGUGAUUAUGGAAUCAGAUUUUUAACGUGGGGUCUUUUCUCCAUAGGAAGGAUUCCCUAUCUUGGACCUGAGACUGCUUUCUUGAAGAAAACUUGACUUUAUUUCAUUUAGUGGGAAGAGCAGCAGCCCAGCUAUUAAGUUCUAAUAUGCAAUAGGCCGCAGGCUGUGAAGUGUUCAUGGCAGUAGACUCUGAAGCUAAGGAGCUGAGGGCUUAGCAAGUUUCUAGAAGCUGCCAAGGCAACAUGCCAAGUCAGUAAAACUGAAAGUUGGUCAGAUUUCAAGGUCUGGGGAGGAUAUCCACUGUGUACUGGGUCUUGAGCUCUAGAGAGCUAGGCCUUGCUAAAAUAAAAGAAUUACCUUACCUAUCAUCUUUGUUCAAGGCUCAAUGGAAUUUGUGACAGCCCUGGCUGACCUCCGAGCAGAGGCUAGCUGUCCCAUCUGUCUGGACUACUUGAAAGACCCAGUGACCAUCAGCUGUGGGCAUAACUUCUGUCUCUCCUGCAUCAUUAUGUCCUGGAAGGAUCUACAUGAUAGUUUCCCCUGCCCCUUUUGCCACUUUUGCUGUCCAGAAAGGAAAUUUAUAAGCAAUCCCCAGCUAGGUAGUUUGACUGAAAUUGCUAAGCAACUCCAGAUAAGAAGCAAGAAGAGGAAGAGGCAGGAAGAGAAGCAUGUGUGUAAGAAGCAUAAUCAGGUUUUGACUUUCUUCUGUCAGAAAGACCUAGAGCUUUUAUGUCCAAGGUGCAGUUUGUCCACUGAUCACCAGCAUCACUGUGUUUGGCCCAUAAAGAAGGCUGCCUCCUAUCAUAGGAAAAAACUGGAGGAAUACAAUGCACCGUGGAAGGAGAGAGUGGAACUAAUUGAAAAAGUCAUAACUAUGCAAACCAGAAAAUCACUGGAACUGAAGAAAAAGGUAAAACAUAGGGCAGAAGAAGUCAAGUCUGAAUUUGAGCAACUUAGGUUAUUUCUCCAAAAUGAGCAAGAGACUGUUCUUAGGCAAUUACAAGAUGAAGAGAUGGAUAUUUUAGCACAACUACAUGAAAGCCUAACAAAAUUUUCAGAUUAUACCUCUUCAUUAAAAUAUCUAUUAAAGGAGAUAGAGAGCAUAUAUGUGAAGUCAGAACUGGAAUUACUGGCAAAUGUUAAGGAUAUCUAUCACAGAUAUAAGAAUUUAAAAUUCCCUGAACCGUUUUCAUUCAAAUUAAAAGAAUAUGGUUACCAUCUGCCUCCACAAUAUUCUGGCCUAGACAAAAUUAUCAAGCGAUUUCAUGUAGAUGUAAUUCUAGAUCCUGAAACAGCACAUCGUAAACUUAUAGUCUCAGAAGAUAGAAAAACUGUGCACUAUGGAAAUACAACACAAAAUGUACCUCAUAACCCAAGAAGAUUUUAUCUCCUCCCAGCUGUUCUGGGUUCUAAGGGAUACAGUUGUGGCAGGCAGUACUGGGAAGUAGAAGUGAAAGACAAGCCUGAAUGGAUUCUUGGUGUCUGUAAUGACUGUCUUCCCAGAAGGAGGAAGAGUCAACCAAUUUUAGUACAGGAUGGAUUAUGGGGAAUUUGGCGAUCUAGUCAGAAUAAUUAUAUUGUAUUGGGCCAUAAGGAAAUUAUUCUGCUGCCACAAGUAAUACCUAGUAAGAUUGGCAUUUUUUUAGACUCUGAAAUGAAUGAAGUUUCCUUUUAUAAUUUGAAUGAUAGAUCUCUUCUCUAUACUUUUAAUGAUAAUUUUACAGGAGCACUUUGGCCUUAUUUUUAUACUGGAACUGACUCAAAACCCCUUAAAAUUUCUAUAGUAACAGAUUCUGAAUGAACUAUUAGAAGGCUCAGUUUCUUUCACCUAGUAGACAUAAUUGAGCCAGUGAAUCUAGUUUUGGCUAUUCUGUAUUUUGUCCAGUUUUUCCCAUAAAAAGCAAUGUUUUUUAUCUCAGUUUCAGCAACUUUCAAAAAAUGCGAUUAUGGAACCUACUUUAUAUUAAAUUAUGGGGUCAGUGACAAAGUACUUUAGAAAUUCUACAGUAAAAUACUUGAAAAAUAUAUUACUGAAGAAAUGUAUUAUGUAAGAAAAUCUAUUACUUUCGUAAUUGCCAGUAAA